GUAUGCAAGCCAGAUUUUAGAAUCAGACUCUGUUCAGCUUCACAGAUGUGAGAAACUAAACCCAGCUACUCUUCUGCCUUGCCCCCCCGAGAAUGGUCCCAAGCAUGACUGUUUAACUGUUUUGGAAUCGGUGGUAGGCAUUCGUGCAGAUCUUAGGACUGAGCCUCUUGACAAUCCUGAGACUCAGCUCUGGACUGAUGGCUCUUCAUUUGUAAGAAAUGGAAAAAGAUACACUGGCUUUGCUGUAGUCUCCAAAGAUGGACCCCUCCUCCUACAACAACUCCCUUCUCACUGGUCUGCUCAAGCAGCUGAACUCCUAGCUCUAAUUGAGGCAUGCCAUUUGUCCGCUGGUCUGCGUACCAACAUUUAUACUGACAGUCGUUAUGCAUUUUUAGCCGCACACACCCAUGCAGCCCUAUGGAAAGCACGUGGUUUUACAGGCGCUGAUGGGAAAAGUUUAAAGAUGAAACCUUUGCUAGAAAAACUUAUCUCAGCUGUUAGGAAACCAUCUCAGUUAGCCAUCACUCAUUGCCGAGGACACCAGACAGACCACAGUGAGAUUUCCCGAGGAAACAGGGCUGCUGAUUAUUGGGCUCGCCAAGCUGCUGAAUCAGGCCAUGCUCUCCAUUCCACAAAUUCCAACCUCUUAGCUCUUCUGCCCUGUGAUCCCACACUCAAACUGCCUGCCCUAUAUGAUAAAAGGGAUCAACUACACCCUGAGGGCGACUGGUAUGAUGGGUGGUGGGUUGUCCAGAACAGGAUUCAGCUCCCCCAACAGAUGGUGUGGAAACUUGUCCAACGAGCACAUUGUAUGUCUCACAGUGGUCCUCGCCCACUUCAGAAGUGGCUCUCCUCUCGCUACUGCAAUCCAAACCUACGUAGCCUUUGCAAGACUGUUGUUUCUCAAUGUGAACUUUGCCAAAGGAAUAACCCCCGUGGGAGCAGCCCGCUUCCGCCUGGCCGUCUCCGAACUGCCCGGUAUCCAGGGGAGGCCUGGCAAGUAGACUUUACCGAACUCCCAAAAAGGGGAGCGAAAACUAACCUUCUUGUUUUUGUUGAUUUCUUUACUGGGUGGCCAGAAGCCAUUCCGACUUCCACUCAAAAAGCCAGAGAGGUGGUAAAUGCCCUAGUUGAUCAGAUUAUUCCAAGAUUUGGAGUCCCUAAGGGUCUAGAGUCUGACAAUGGCAGGCACUUCACCUCACAAGUUACCCAAGAUGUCAGUAAAUUUUUAGGCAUCCCUUGGCACCUUCAUUGUUCUUAUAACCCAAAAUCUUCAGCUAAGGUGGAGAGACAGAACAGGACCCUGAAGACACAUUUAUCCAAACUCUGCCAAGAGACCCAGCUCCCAUGGACAAAAGUACUCCCAAUAGCCUUGGCAAGGAUCAGGGCCCUACCUUCAGGGAAAUUAGGACUGUCACCCUUUGAAAUGAUGUAUGGUAGACCCUUUGUUGCUUCUGCCCUACCAGACUCUAAUGAAGGGGAGAGGAACAUCUCAUCAUAUUUGCAUAAUCUGGCGCAGGUACUGUCCUCUAUCUCUAAACAGGUCCAGUCUGCUUUGCCUCCGGCUUCUGAUGUGCCACCACUGGCUGAGCCAGGCCAGUGGGUAAGGAUUAAAGAAUUAUCUCCAACCUGCACCCAACCCAAGUGGUCUACACCCCGCCAAGUUCUUCUCAGCACCCCCACGGCUCUGAAAGUGCACGGCAUCAAAGCGUGGAUCCAUGCAUCCCGAGUGAAGCGCAUCCCUGAGCCCUCCGAGCAGUGGCAAGUUCAACAGCUGGAAGGACUCAAGCUGAAACUUCAUCGCUCCCCAGCUUCACUGGCUUCACCUGCUGACCUGCUCUCCUCCACGGACUGA